AUGAGAUCAUUGAUCAGCGAAGGAAUAAAUAUGAGUAUUCAACUUGAUAACGGAGACACUCCAAUACAUUUGACUGCUGGAAAGGACAAUGUUGAUAUAGUAAAAUUACUCAUUGAUGAGGGUGUUAGUCCGAACAUUUUGAAAAGCGAUAAUUCCACACCGCUUCACGACGAUGCCCAGAGUGGAAAAGAUGAAUCUAUUAAAUUACUCAUCGAACACGGCGCCGAUGUCAAUGCCAAAGACAAGGAUGGAUUGACAGCUCUUCUUUGGGCUUCACAGGCAGGAAAAGAUGAAUCUAUUAAAUUACUCAUAAAAUACGGCGCCGACGUCAAUGCUAAAGACAAGGAUGGAUUGACAGCUCUUCUUUGGGGUUUACAGACAGGAAAAGAUGAAGCUAUUAAAUUCCUCAUAGGACACGGCGCCGACGUCAAAGCUACAACCAAAAACAAUGAGACAGCACUUCAUUAUGCUGCACGGCGGGGUGAUCCACGUGUGGAACUUGUUGGACUUCUCAUCAAAAACGGCGCUGACGUCAAUGCCAAAGACAUUCGUGAAAAUACAGCACUUUAUUGGACUGUAGACGAUGGUAAUCUUCUAUAA